AUGCCUACUCAGUUCUAUCGCCGUUCGAGAAACGGGUGCGUGACUUGCAGAGCCGCUCGUAUCAAAUGCGACGAGGCGCACCCGCUCUGUAAGCAGUGUGAACGUCGUGGCUUAGCAUGCGGCGGUUACAAAGUCAAGCUGAAGUGGGUUGAGGCCAGCGAUGUCAGCCCGAAUAGCCAGGCCUCGGCCAAGAGUGUUGUCAAGCCCAGGAGCUCGCUGGCGAUAUGCCCAUCAUCCAAGACGGUAAAGGCUAUUCAAUGCAAGAAGCUCUCGAAUAGCUCGACCGCCUUAAUCCGAAAUCCAACAACAGGACCUCGUCUCCACUCUUCGUCGGAUGUGUUCAUAUUCACGCAUUGGUCAAAGUCGUUGCCCGAUCUGGUGUAUCCAAAUCCAGAGGAAUAUGUGAGUGUGCGAGAGCCAUAUCUGGCUUUCGUUUGGCAGCAAGAUUCCAUCCUUCUACCGGCGGUUCUUGCUGCCGGCGCGUCACAUCUGUUCGCCCUCGGGAUUGUUACACAAGAAGAGGUUCUAGAAAGAAAACAACGAGCUCUGGGUCAAAUGGUGGCUUGUGUACAGCAACAGAAAAGAUUGCCUCCAACCGAGACUCAGCGCAAACUGCCGUUGUAUGUAAGCGAGGAAGCCAUCGCCGCGUCUCUAGCAUUGAUCGGCUUGGAGAUCAUGCAAGGAUCAGACACCUGCAUUAUUCGUCCUCUGAUCAGGGGCACAAGGGCCCAGCUUGAAGAACGAAUUCUUUUGUUACAAGCGAUGAGCGAUGGUUCUCAACUUGAGAAGCCCACCCCCAUGAUGUCUGUUAACAUCAAGAUGCUGGCUUACAUGGACGCGUUGUGCUGCGUUCCCUGCGCAAGGAAGCCGGUGUUCGACCGUCAAUUUUGGCAAAGCAUGAUCCUACCCCAUUGCAGUACAUCUGCGAAGAGGUACCCAGACAUCGUAUUCGGGUACACAACCGACAUACUACCGCUAAUGGGAGACUCUGGCGCGUUGGUUGAAGAUUUCUUCAGCGGGGGGAUAACACCCGAGUCCUUCGUACUAUCUCGGUACUGUUUAUUGCAAGAGCUGAAUACUUGCUGCAGAGAAUUACCUGCAGCAGUACAGCAGCCCUUUUGCGAAGGGGCCGACUCCGACACUCUGGAGAGCCACAGGAUAAGAACAGGAAACGCCUGUAUCGCAGCAGCCCUCUCCUUCGGGCUUGCAACGCAGAUCUUCCUUCUUCGCGCCGACGAUGGCGACUCGAGCACAACAUGGACAGAUCAACCGUUGAAGCAGUCGUUAGCUCUGGUUGAGCAGCUAUCCGAGGCAGUACUAGCGGUUCCUGUCGACACCUUUGCGUCCACGAUGAUGAUCUGGCCAAUGUUUGUACUUGGUUGUGAAACCAUGCCGGUUAGCUCACGGCGACACCAAGUCGAACUUCGACUUGAAAAAAUGCUUGAGAAGAAUGGACUGCUCAAUAUUUCGGUUGCUCUCGAAUUGCUUAGGAACAGGAUAUGGAAAAUUGACGGCGUUCAACAAGGAGUCAAGUCAGACGAGAAGUCCCCAUCGCCGGAAGGGACACGUCCAUACUUGCAAAGCGACUGGGUCAGGUAUUGCUGGGCGGAAAAGUUAGAGUUAUGUGCGGCGUAG